AGGUCAUUGAAGUUAACUCCAUUCUCACCUGAAAUAUUUUUAUACGUGUGACAAAGGUUUCUGGUUUUCUUUGUUUGUCGACUCAAUUUCAAGCCAAACUCGUCUCAAUAGAAUGGCCAAGCUCCUCUCUCUCCUAGUGUUCCUAUCAGUGGCUGUUCUCUACAGUAGAGGUGCCUGUACCAACCCAAGUGUGACCAGUGAGACGUACUCCACUAACGAUGUACUACUGUCAACGGAAACAGCGUUUCUUAUCAAAGUCAAUGUCAAGUGUGACGGAGGAGAUAGUCUGAUUAUUCAUGGGUUGGUGGACGGACAGCUCAUCCAGGCCGCCAGGUCUGCCAGAGACAACGAGUAUCAGGUGAGUUGGACUGAGAGCCAUGAAAGUGCUGCGACUGGACAGAGGACCAUCAAGUUCUUUGACGAUGAGGGGACAGCCGCCAUUAAAAAGUCUGCUCGUUAUGGUGAAGAGUUGACAGCAAAGCCUCUCUUUUCAGUUAACAUUGAUCACAGGGGAGCCAGGAGCAGUCUGUGGAUCGCCCCCUCGUUCAUUGCCAUGGUGAUAGCGCUCCUUGUUUGGUGGCUGGCCUUCACUACCAAGACCAAGAUUCAGGACUAGGAACUAGUUUAGAAGUUGCUACAUAUUUUCAAUUGAUGAAUUACAUGACUUGUAUAAUAUACACUUAUCAUGAAUAAUUAUUGUCUAAUCAUAAA